AUGGCUUCUGAGAGGUCUGGCUAUCAUCAACACCAUGAUCGAGCCUGUCCCUCCAUUGAGAUAGACGAGAUUCUCCCCACCGACGAGACCGUUAUCACGCCGACGACGACCUCCUCUUUAUGCCAGUGUUCGUCCUCCGCAUUGUCUAAUGCUUCUCUGAGGGCAACAGCUCCCCCCGCGGAAGGCUCAGCCAUGCCGACACUCAUGCCCACCACCACGAUGGGACCCAGAAGAUACUCAGCCUUCAGCAACAGUCAAAAGCGCUUCAUCGUGGCUAUGGUGACCCUAGCGUCUUUCUUCUCUCCGCUCUCCGGCCAAAUCUACUAUCCCGUCAUGCCUACCCUCGUCGAGAACUACCACCUCAGCAACGCUCUGAUCAACCUCACCAUAACUACUUAUAUGAUCCUGCAAGGCGUUGCACCUGCGUUUAUGGGCACAUUCGCUGACGCUUGUGGCCGUCGCCCUGCCUAUUUCUUCGCCUUCGCCAUCUAUACCGCAGCCAACAUCGGCCUCGCUUUGCAAGACAGCUACCCGGCGCUCAUGGUGCUGCGGUGCAUUCAGAGCGCGGGUAGCAGCGGCACGGUCUCUUUUGGAUAUGGGGUUAUUGCUGACAUUGCGACGCCGGCGGAACGAGGCUCGUAUGUUGGUCCUAUGGCGGCGGGUGUUAUGCUUGCGCCGGCGCUGGGGCCGAUUAUUGGAGGGUUGUUGGCAAAAUUUCUGGGGUGGAGGAGCGUCUUUUGGUUUCUGGCUAUCGGUGCUGGGGGGUACUUGGUCUCUUACGUUUUCUUUGUGCCGGAGACUGCGAGGACUGUUGUUGGGGAUGGGAGACUGUUUCCUAGAGAAAGAUGGAGAUGGUCUGCGGCUCAGUGGUUGCAAAGGAAAUGGAAGUCUGCGUCUGGCUCUGGGUUCAAUGACGAUCAUGGAGCUCAUUUUGAGGCUGCAACUAUGCAGAGCGCUUUCAACGGCAGCGGACAAGCAUCAACAACAUCAAGACUACGAUUCCCCAACCCUUUGAGAGCGCUUUACAUCCUCCUUGAACCGGACGCUCUCAUAAUAGUCUCAUCCAUAGGCCUCUUGAUGCUCACAAACGUUGCACUGCUCACCAGUACCCCAAGUCUGUUCUCAAAGAUAUACGGCUUCAAUGACCUCCAGAUCGGCCUAUGCUUCCUUCCUCUAGGCAUCGGCGCCGCUCUCGGUGCGGUCCUCAACGGCUACUUUCUAAAUCGCAGCUAUCGCCGCCACGCCCAGUCCCUAGACCUCCCCCUCGACCCAUCUAUAGCGACCACUCUCCAAGACUUCCCCAUUGAGCAAUCCCGCCUGGAAAUUUACUUCCCCCUUAUUAUCCUCACAAUCCUAACAUUAGUACCCUAUGGCUUCGUGCUGGAGCGGCGAGCGAACCUUUCCGCGCCCUUAAUUCUGCAAUUCCUCAACGGCUUCGGGACAGUCGCCUGCACAAACACGCUCAAUACCUUACUUGUUGACCUGUUCCCUGAUGAGCCGGCUACUGCAGCUGCGGCUUGUAAUCUGGUCAGAUGCUGGCUGGGAGCUCUUGGGGCAGCUGUUGUGGAUUAUAUGUUGAGCGGCAUGGGAUGGGGUUGGUGCUUUAUGUUUCUGGGGCUUUUGCUGCUGGCAUCUAUUGGGCUGGCUUGGUCCGAGUUUGUCUAUGGAGCGAAAUGGAGGGGAAGUAGAAGAUUGAGGCGUGAGAGGGAAUGCGAAAGUGGGAGGGAAACAAUAGAGAUUGCUGAAGGGGAAGGUGAUAGGAGAUCAGGCAAAGGAUGA